UGAAGGGCAUCGGUUUACGUCACUUCCGGCCGCUGUGUGCCCUGGUGACAAACCGGAAGUGUCAACCUCUGGCUGCAGAGUUAUUUUUGAACGACAGCUGAUGUUUUAAAGCUAAAGGCAAACUUCAAACGAAACUCACUGAGACACGACAACUCAACGCUUAUCACAAACACCCGCUUACGGAUCAGGAAAGAGCCACAAUGAGAGAAACGACCACAUAUCUGCGACUGUUUUCCUUCACCGAGCUAAGCUAACUUAGCUAGAGCUAGCGCAGCCAGUCAGUGAGCUCUGACCGGGUAACAUGCUCUGAAGUCGGGAACAGCUCUCUAUCCAAGCACGCUGGGUGCCGUGUUCAGACUCACAGCUGGGCUCCCGUCUUUGAAACACAGAAUGUGGCUGCAGCAGAGACUGAAGGGGCUGCCGGGUUUGUUGUCGAGCAGCUGGGCGCGGAGGCUCCUCAUCGGGCUGCUCCUCUUCCUCAUCUUCUACUGGUACCUGGGGGCAGAGCGCAGGUGGAGGUUCUUCAGCGGGACAGCCAUGCCCGGCGGGGCGGCCGGGCAGUGCCUGCUGGCUGAGAUCCACAGGUGGAGCUCUCUGGUGGAGCGAGGGGAGGGGAUCUACAGCACACCUCAGGAACAGCUGGACAUACCCUUUGUGUCAGGGAACGGACAUAUUAUGAUCGAUAUCGACUCCAAUAAGCUGUGGGUGGCUUCGUCCUCACAGCCCGGGUCAGCUCCGGUGCAUCAGACUGAAUUCUCCCCGAGGGUGGGCGUGCACCUGGAGGGGAAGCGGGCCGAGGUUCAGGCCACUAUGCUGUGGUUCAGGAAGGGAGCCGUACUGUCGGUCCGCUGCGCAUCCCCCGCCGGCCUGCAGUCGUCCCGGGACUGUGUCACCGUCAGAGAGGAGUUCAUCGCCCACAGGAGCAGACCAAACGUGUUCCUGCAGCGGAUCCACAUCAACAACCCCUCUGACAGACCCGCCUCCCUGGACAUCUCCUCCGAGAGUCCCUCUUUCGGCAGCAAGUUCUCCUACAGCGUGGAGAAGCUGGAGGAUAAAGACAUCGUGCUCUCCUCAGGCAGGGUUCCUGUGGAGAACAACCGCAUGGUGGUGGUGGUGGUGGUCUCCAAAAAGCUGAGCAGCAGGAUCCAAGUCUCUGCUAAGUCUGAGUAUACAGACAGCAUCCUGUCAGUGGUGUGGACCUCGGACCCCAUUGACUCCUCCAAGCUGGAGGAGACCUUCAGCGUGCUCAGAGAAGGAGCCAAGAAGGAGCUUGGGGAGCUGCUGAGGGCCAACGUGGAGGACCUGGUUCUGGACCAUCAGCAGGCCUGGAUGGACAUCUUCAUUUCAGGUGUUGAAAUGAGGAAGAUCACAGACUCCCACACCCCGUCGAGCCGCACCGUGAACACCACCCUCUACUACAUCCUGUCCUCCACCACGGCUCCUCUGCUGGAUCGACGGCUCAGCAGCGAUGAGCGCAUACGACUUGAGUCCAGCCUCAACUAUGCCGACCACUGCUUCAGUGGCCACGCCACCAUGCACGCAGAGAACCUGUGGCCUGAGCGGGUCAGCAGCGCGGCUCAGAUCCUGCAACUGGUCACCCUGUGGACUCUGACCCUGCAGAAGAGAGGCUGCAAGGUGCUGGUGGCGGCUGGAGCUCAUGGAGCCAUGCAGGGCAUGGUGCUCAGCUUUGGAGGCCUUCAGUUCACAGAGAACCACCUUCAGUUCCAGGCUGAUCCAGACGUGCUGCACAACAGUUACGCCCUGAGGGGGAUCCACUACAACCAGGACCUGAUCAACCUGGCGGUGCUGCUGGACACGGAGGGGAAGCCGUUCCUCCACGUGUCAGUGAAGCAGCAGGAGACGCCAGUGAAGCUGUAUGCCUGCGAGGCCGGCUGCCUCAACGAGCCCGUGGAGCUGACGUCAGAGAUCAAAGGUCACACCUUCCCCGUGAUGGUGACGCAGCCAAUCACACCCCUGCUCUACAUCUCCACAGACCUACGCCACCUGCAGGACCUUCGCCACACCCUGCACCUUAAGGCCAUCCUGGCCCACGAGGAGCACAUGGCGAACAGGUACCCAGGCCUGCCCUUCCUCUUCUGGUUCAGCGUGGCCUCGCUCAUCACCCUCUUCCAUCUUUUCCUCUUCAAGCUAAUUUACAACGAGUACUGUGGCCCCGGAGCCAAGCCCCUCUUCAGGAGCAAGGUCGACAGCAAACGUGAAGACGGCUGCUACGACAUCAGGAAUGCUGCUUGAGCUCUGUGCACACGUUCAACAUGUGAUAGUGGUUCUGCUUGAGCUUCACAGCAUGAGAGACUUUAACAUUUCGGGGGGGGGGGGGGUCCAGGUGCUGAAUGACACCUACUGUGCAGAAAAAACACCCACCAAUCUGUUGUGGAGAGAUUUAGAGGCGUGAAGGUUAAAAGAAAGAAUCUGCAACACAUUCCAACCAAAGAGGAAGUAAAGGUUUUCAUUAUUUAGUGAUUGGUAGAUCCGUGUGGUGAAUAUGAUGAACAUUAGCCAAAGUUUGCACAUUUUAAUUUCUAGUUUUGUGAGACUUAAGAGUUAAAAACCAAACAUGAAGUUUAAUCACAUGCAGGACAAUAAAAACAGCAGUUCCUGCAUUAACACAAUUCUUCACCCUCUUUUUUUUUGUGCUCUAAAGCUCCAGUGAGGAACGUUCAUUUUGUGUCGACUUUGGCGCCCCCUGUGGACAAAGUGCUAUCUCUUUACUGAUUUUUA